CCAGACCAGAUCAUCAACCACUGCGAAUAGCCACUGAGUCCGUGCAGGAAGCCUCCUCGUUCUUGUUCACGCUCACCGUCGCAUAGUCUGCUUUAUAGAUCUUUUGCCCCGUCUGCCCUCGGCCCGGUAUUCCCUCGGCGAUCUGCUUAAUCUUGUCCUGUUCGAUCGGCUGGGAGUGCUAAUUUAGAGGAGACGAGCACCCGCCAACACCCUACGAAAGGUUCCCUACGCGAUCCCUCCUCCCAUCUCCUUUCCUUCCUGGCUUUAAUGAGUUCAAAGAAAUACGGUGGCCCUGAAAUGGUGCAGCUGGAUGGACGGAGUACACCUGCUGCUACAUUCCUAAAAUCAUCUGCUAGAUUUCUUGAACAGAAUCAAGGAUAUCGGCCCUUGCUGCUAUCAGACGACAUGAAGCCAUACGGUGCUGGGUAUUCGCACGCAGAUAUUGCUCGGGCGAACGGCACAAAACCAUCCAAGAGCUCAUCAUCAGCUGAGCCCCCGACGAGUCCGAAACUGGACCGGAAAGUUACAUACACAGAUCUUGAUGACGACUGGGACGCUUCUUUAGAUGUUGACGUGAUGGCGCUUGGCAUCAAGCCCGUCAACUCAUUGUCUUCGGCACACUCCUCAUCAUCAUACAGCACAUCUCCGCCUUCGCUAUCGACAUCCAGCCAAGGCUCCACAAUAAGCCAACCAGACACGAUACAUUCAUCUCAUGCGGAUCUAUACCCUGCGCCGCGUCGACCAUCACCUAGACUCGAUAGUCUGAAACCCCAGUAUGAGCGCAUAGUCAAAGAUCCCGCGAACGCGCUCCAUAUGAUUUACCAGCCGGACAUUUCAUCGAUCAGCGACACCUCUCCCGCAGAGAUUGAAGCUCUUAAUGCACGGAUUGCGCGGAUAAACAAGUUCAAGAGGGUUCUGCAGCCGUCGAAUGUGGAUAUUGCUGCUUUGAGAAAUCUUGCGUGGUCGGGUAUUCCAGAUGAGCUACGGCCGAUGGCGUGGCAGUUAAUGCUGGGGUAUCUGCCGUCCAACACCGAGCGGCGAGUGACAACGCUCGCUCGCAAGCGAAAGGAGUAUAUCGAUGGCGUGAGACAGGCAUUUGGAUCGGCGGCGGGAAACCUAGCAAGCAUCAACUCGAGUACAAAUAACGGUAUCGACCAUGCGGUGUGGCAUCAAAUCAGCAUCGACGUUCCGCGAACGAAUCCACAUCUAAAGCUCUAUAGCUUUGAAUCGACACAGCGAGCUCUUGAGCGGAUAUUGUACGUGUGGGCGAUUCGGCAUCCGGCGAGUGGCUACGUGCAAGGGAUCAACGAUCUGGUCACUCCGUUUUUCCAGGUGUUUUUGUCGGCGUAUGUUGAUGCGGAUAUAGAGUCCUACGACCCAGGACAGCUACCAAAAGAGGUUUUGGAUGUUGUGGAAGCCGAUACGUUUUGGUGCUUGACGAAGCUGCUGGACGGAAUACAAGACAACUAUAUUUUUGCGCAGCCGGGUAUUCAGCGGCAAGUUGCUGCUCUGAAAGAUCUCACUCAACGAAUCGACGCUGGCUUAGCCCGUCAUCUGCAGCAGGAGAAUGUGGAGUUUAUCCAGUUUAGUUUCCGAUGGAUGAACUGUCUGUUGAUGCGCGAGGUGUCUGUCAAAAACACGAUUCGGAUGUGGGACACAUACAUGGCCGAAGGCCCGACCGGGUUUUCCGAGUUCCAUCUGUACGUGUGUGCCGCGUUUUUGGUGAAGUGGUCGGCGCAGAUACAGACGAUGGAUUUCCAAGAGAUCAUGAUGUUUUUGCAGAGCCUGCCGACGCAGGACUGGGGAGAGAAGGAUAUCGAGCUGCUGUUGAGCGAGGCGUAUAUGUGGCAGUCUCUGUUUAAGAACGCGACAGCUCAUCUGCGACCCGGCGGGCCGUCGUAGACGCAUCUAUAUCUCUUUGUUUGUUUUGGAGCUGGG